AAGCAACGAGGUCGGUUAAGUUUCUUAAUUGCGUCUGCUCCAUCUCUUCAACUUCCUCUUCUUAUCGAAAUACCAAAACCCCCUUUUUUCCAAUUCAAAUCCAUCGACACCUUUUACUGUCUUUGGAUUUUCUGAAUAAUUGAUACACUAAUCAACUCAGCUCCGACAUUUUUCUUCAGUUUUAGAGUGAAUGCAGAAACCUCUGAUUUGAGACGAUUUGAAAAAAGAGGUGAUAUGGAAAACGCCGCUAUCAGCUCGACGGACACAGGCAACGGAGGGGAGGACGUCUACAGUUCUAAAGAAUCUAAUGCUUUCUUCGCUGAUCAUCUCGUUGUCAUGGUGCACGGGAUUCUCGGAAGUGGAUCAGAUUGGAAAUAUGCUGCUGAGAAAUUCGUUGAGCAGCUUCCUGAUAAAGUGUUUGUUCAUUGUAGUGAACGCAAUGCAGCAAAGACACUGGAUGGUGUGGAUGUGAUGGGUGAUCGACUGGCUGAAGAGGUCCUUGAAGUAAUUAGAAGGAAGCCUAGUUUGAGGAAGAUUUCUUUUAUUGCACAUUCUGUCGGGGGCCUUGUAGCAAGAUAUGCUAUCGGGAAAUUGUAUAAACCUACAAUGAAAGUAAAUGGGGAAGAGCUAUUAAAUAAUGAAGAGUCCAAGGGUAAAAUAGCUGGUCUUGAACCAGUUAACUUUAUUACUGCUGCCACUCCUCAUCUUGGUUCUAGGGGUAACAAGCAGGUGCCGUUUCUCUUUGGGGUUACUGCUUUUGAGAAAGUUGCUAGUUGUGUAAUUCACUUGAUAUUUCGGAGAACAGGAAGACAUCUCUUUAUGAACGACGACGAUGAAGGAAAGCCACCGUUGCUGAAACGUCUGUUGGAAGAUAAUGAAGAGGGCUGUUUUCUGUCCGCGCUGCAUUCUUUUGAACGUAGGGUAGCGUACUCAAAUGUUGGCUACGACAAUAUUGUUGGCUGGAGAACAUCAUCUAUCAGACGCAAUAGUGAACUACCCAAGUGGGAGGAUUCUGUUCAUGAAAAAUAUCCUCAUGUUGUGUAUGAAGAGCGCUGCAAGGCAUAUGACAAGCAGUUGUGUGAGCCUACAGUAGAAAUUGAUGGUUUAGACGAGCUAGAAGAGGAACUAGUGAACGGCCUAUCUAGUCUGUCAUGGGAGAAAGUUGACGUAAGCUUCCACAAGAGCAAGGCAAAGUUUGCUGCUCAUAGCAUUAUCCAGGUUAAAGACCAAUCCAUUCAUUCCGAUGGCGCGGACGUUAUACAACAUAUGAUCGAUCGUUUUCUUCUAUAGAUGAGCUUGAGCUCGUCUGGUAAAUCUUGGUUUCAUUUGCUGCGCUAUGUUGAAGAGGCUAUGUAUCUUUUCGUAGUCAUUGUUAUGAUAACUCUGAUUUAUUAAUCGCCGUCGAAUGUAAAUGUAUUGGUAACACAACUUGUUCUAUAAAUGAGAGUACUUUUAUUGGAAACUAA